UUCCGGAGUCGAGUCGCUGGCUGUCUUAACCAGAGUGGAGAUGCAGCCGCCGCCCCGAAAAGUUAAGCCCGCCCAGGAGGUGAAGCUUCGCUUUCUGGAGCAACUGAGCAUCCUUCAGACCCGGCAGCAGAAGGAGGCCGAUCUGCUGGAGGACAUCAGAUCUUACAGCAAGCAGAGGGCAGCCAUUGAACGGGAGUAUGGGCAGGCACUCCAGAAACUGGCUGGGCCAUUCCUGAAGAGGGAAGGGCAACGCAGUGGGGACAUGGACAGCAGGACAGUGUUUGGUGCCUGGCGCUGCUUGCUGGAUGCCACCGUGGCUGGGGGCCAAACCCGGCUCCAGGCGUCUGAUCGAUACCGUGACCUAGCGGGGGGCACAGGGCGGAGUGCCAAGGAGCAGGUGCUUAGGAAGGGAACAGAGAGUCUGCAGAGGGUGCAGGCAGAGGUGCUGCAGUCUGUCCGGGAACUGAGCCGAAGUCGGAAGCUGUAUGGGCAACGGGAGCGUGUAUGGGCUUUGGCACAGGAGAAAGCAGCUGAUGUCCAGGCCAGGCUGAACCGAAGUGACCAUGGGAUCUUCCACUCUCGGACCAGUCUCCAGAAACUAAGUUCUAAGCUGUCGGCCCAAUCAGUCCAGUACUCCCAGCAGCUGAGAGCAGCCCGCAAUGAGUACCUGCUCAACUUGGUGGCCACCAAUGCCCACCUUGACCACUACUACCAGGAGGAACUGCCAGCUCUGCUCAAGGCCCUGGUCAGCGAGUUGUCAGAACACUUGAGGGACCCUCUGAACUUACUGAGCCGUACUGAGCUGGAAGCUGCAGAGAUGGUCUUGGAGCAUGCCCGCCUUGCAGGGCAGGCAACCUCCCAGGUAAACUGGGAGCAGGAUGUGAAGCUGUUUCUUCAGGAGCCUGGAGUCUUUUCCCCUACCCCACCUCAGCAAUUUCAGCCAGCAGGGGCUGAUCAGGUGUGUGCCCUGGAGAGGGGAACAGGAGGUAUGGCUGGGGAGAGCGGCCUAGAGAAAGAGAUCCAGCGCUGGACAAGCAGAGCCGCCCGAGACUACAAAAUCCAACACCAUGGGCAUUGGGUACUGCAGCGACUGGAGCAGAGGCGGCAGCAGGCUCCAGAGCGUGAGGCCCCAGGCAUAGAACAGCGACUACAGGAAGUGAGGGACAGCAUCCGUCGGGCACAGGUGAGCCAGGUGAAGGGGGCUGCUCGGCUGGCCCUGCUGCAGGGGGCUGGCCUGGAUGUGCAGCACUGGCUGAAGCCAGCCAUGACCCAGGCCCAGGAUGAGGUGGAGCAGGAGCGACGGCUCAGUGAGGCUCGGCUGUCCCAGAGAGACCUCUCCCCAACGGCUGAGGAUGCUGAGCUUUCUGACUUUGAUGAAUGCGAGGAGGCAGGGGAGCUCUUUGAGGAGCCUGCCCCACCGGCCCUAGCCACCAGGCCCUUCCCCUGCCCUGCACAUGUGGUGUUUGGCUAUCAGGCAGGGCAUGAGGAUGAGCUGACCAUCACGGAGGGUGAAUGGCUGGAGGUCAUAGAGGAGGGAGAUGCUGAUGAAUGGGUCAAGGCUCGGAACCAGCAUGGUGAGGUGGGCUUUGUCCCUGAGCGGUAUCUCAACUUCCCUGAUCUCUCCCUUCCCGAGAGUGGCCGUGACAGUGACAUUCCCUUGGGUGUAGAGCCCACAGCAUUCCUCGCCCGCGCACUAUAUAACUACACGGGACAAAGUGAAGAGGAGCUGAGCUUCCCAGAAGGGGCACUCAUCCGCCUGUUACCCCGGGCCCAAGAUGGAGUAGAUGAUGGCUUCUGGAGGGGAGAAUUUGGGGGCCAUGUUGGAGUCUUUCCCUCCCUGCUGGUGGAGGAGCUGCUUGGUCCUCCAGGGCCACCCGAACUCUGUGAUCCUGAACAGACACUGCCAUCCCCUUCUCCUCCCAGUUUCUCCCCACCUGUACCCACCUCUGCCUUGGAUGGACCUUCUGCACCUGUCCUGCCUGGAGAUAAAGCUCUGGACAGCUCUGGACCCUUAGACUUGAUGGCACCUCGACUCAGGCCGAUGCGUCCGCCACCUCCCCCGCCGGCUAAAGCUCCAGAUCCUGGCCAUCCAGAUUCCCUCACUUGAAGCUGGGGUAUCACUGCCCCCAAGCAAUGAUGCUGCCCUAUCUCCAUGAUGUCAGAGACCACCCCUCAAUGAUCCACAGCCACACAGCCAAAAGCUGGAAUCUUUCCYACAUCUACUUUCAUCUCCAGGGUUAGAAACUUCCCCUCUCCSUAUUUUUGGGGCAAGAAUCCAUUUCUCCAGUUGUCCUCCUGCCAUCUUUAGGGCUGUAACUACCCCUUCAUCUGCCAUUGCCCCAUCAGAAAUACCCUGAAAUCUCGGGGCUAAAUCUCAUUCCCGAAGUCCUGACUGGCUCUGGUCCAUCUCAUCUCCACCCUGGCUCUGUAGCCCA